AUGCGUCCUCUGUUCUCUAAUCCUACCACUCUCUCGAUGCCCUUUACGGCAGCAAAUAUCCCACAAGCGCAUCAUUCAGUAUACCACCAAGCGGGUGUCAUAUCGGUCUAG